AUGGGCGAUAUUCCCAAGAUGCUCCGUGAGGGCGGCCAUUCAAACCGGAAUAAAGUUGAAGAACAGAAAAUGGCCGCGCCGGGAGCGCCGCAACGAGAAGGUGAGGCUGCAGCGCCGCCCGGGUGCGAUUUUUCCUUUCGGGGCGUCUUAGGGUCCCCUUGGGCUAGGCUUCCUUCCACUCCUCGGGCCUCUUCCCCUCCUUCGCGGUCAGAUGACCAGCCGCACUAUCUCUCCCUCCUCUUCGUCUCUCUUGCAGCCGGCCCGCCGAGGCCCGCCGAGACCGGCCUAGAGCUUCGUGAGGCCCCCAGCGUCGCUGUGACUGUGGAGCUGGCGGCCCCGCCCGUGGCUCCAGCUCCCGGGGGCGCCUUCUCGUUGUCUGUGGUCUUCCCCGGCUCGGUCACCCGGGAGGGCUGCUUCCGGUUCACCUGCGAGUUCUUAAAGCACGUCCUGUACCAGAGGCAGCAGCUGCCCUUGCCUUACGAGCAGCUCGCCUGCUUCUACCGGAGGCAGCUGCCGAGGCCUCCCGGCCAGGAAGAAGACAUGGCCAGGAAGGUCUAUCCAAAAGAUCAGGAUAGCAAAAGGUGCCAGCAAGUGCUGAGUGAUCUUGAUAGUGUUUUCCGGCAUUUGGAAAUCAUGUUCAAUUUGACACUGGUCCCACGAGUACUUAUUUUGCUUGGAGGUACAGCUGUCAGCCCCAAAGAACUCUAUGAGAUCAACUUACAAGGUAUAUCCGUGAGCGGCACUGAAGAAAGUUUGCAGACCUCAGCCUGUGUUCGCAAGCUGUUCCAUUCUCUCUUCAUGGCAGAUGUGUUCAGUGAGCUUCAGGCUAUUUCCACCAUGGGUGUUGUUGUUAUGGCUCAAGGGCAUCGCAACUGUGGUAUUGACUGGUUCAGACCCAAACUAAAUUACAAAGUGCCAACUCGAGGGAGGAAGCUGACUGUCAACUUAUCAUGCAGUCACGGAAAUAGUACAGUCCUUUCUGCCCGCCAAGAAAUAAACUCUGCCUGGGAUGAUUAUAUAUGGUUUCAAGCCCCAGUAAUAGUCAAAGGCUUUAAUUAUUUUUCUUGAUAAAUCCUUAAGGAAAAAUUCUUAACUAGCUACGCUAAUGUUGCUUUGUCAUUAUAUAUCUGUUCCAUUGCAAAGAAAAGUCGCCUUUGUUUGAAUUUCUUCUCCUUUCAGAAAUAAUACUGAGCUCUGCAGUACAGAGCACAUGCAUCUGUGAUGAUAGAAAGUACCUCUGGAAAACUGAUUCAAUGUACUGCCAAAGCAUUACACAACCUGUAUUCUGUCCUGCACAUUUUGUAUAAAAGGAUACUUGAAAUACCUGCUCCAGUAUAGGAGUACCUGACACAAUGUUGAAUUCCAGUUGACUGUAUGCACCUGUGCAAAUUUGAUGAAUUCCAGUAAUUUUUCAGAAAUAUGGUGAAAGCCACAUAAAUUGCUUUUUUAUAUAGAGAAAAUUGUCUAAGGCAGGGUUUCUCAACUGUGGCAACUUUAAGAUGGGUGGAUUUCAACUCCCAGAAUUCCCUAGCCAGCAUAUGCUGGCUGGGGGAUUCUGGGAGUUGAAGUCCACCCAUCUUAAAGUUGCCAAGGUUGAGAAGCAGCGGCCUAAGGAUUGGUUGUAGUUCAGAAUAUAGUUGCCCUCCUGUAUGGAGGGAUAAUGGCUAUUUAAAGUCAAUACUCCCUACAGCAGAAGUAUUAUUGUGACACUUUUAGAUACAUUCCUAUCUCAAGCUGCAAUUCAGAGUGAUGAUCUCUAAAUUGACAGCUGUGGUUAAAAUUAUUUAAAUGCUUAUAAGAAUGUGUGAAUUAUCUGACCAGUUUUCUUCAACAUAUUCACUUCUGGAAUGUUGACCUCCCUCUGAUUUUGAUUAAUAGAGCUUAACAUCCUAAAGUUACCCAUUACAGUAUGGAAAUGGAAGUUGUGUAUAAUUGUUGUUAUAAAUUCAUUUUAAGAUUGCAAAAUUUGGUUUUUAUUUCCUGUUCAGUUCUGUUUUCCAACACUAUCAGAAGUAAUGAGGCAAGUGAAAAAAAGAAACCUUACUCCCCUAUCAUAUUCAGGUUGUAUGAAGACAGGGGACAGAAUAAUUUUGGGGAAUCAUUAUGGGAAGGUACAAUCUAAUUCCAGACAACAAAUAUCUAAUUUCAUACUGAAAGGAGCCUGAUGAAGGAAGACAGUUGGAAGAAUACAGUAAUCCUGAAAAUGGAUACAUUUGUUAACCAGUUCUGAGGCACAGAAAGAUGUACUGUAAUGGUAUCUGGAGAUGGUAAAUGGUGCUCCUUUCUAUGAUAGAGAUUUUUGCAGCAGCCUUAAAUGUUUUCACACUAGAGUACAGAUCUGUGGGAGAGGAAGCAAUGGCCAAACGCUCCCUGGGAUUGUGGCAUUUAAAUAACAAGCACGCUGUUUAAGGUGCUUUAUUGUAUCUACACUAUAAAGGAUUGUCUUCCUUUAUGCCAUUGUGUACUGUACUGUAAAUGGACCAAUCUGAAGACAUUAUUAUGUGUUCAAAUACUUCCUUGCUUAGAGAGAAAAACAAUAUGCUGAAGAGAAAAUAACCAUAUCUAGAAGCAUUUUUAAAAAGUGAAAUUCAACCUUUUUCCCAGGUAUUAGUCAAAAGCAUUAGUCAAUUUGGAAACUGUAUAAAAUGAUCC